AUGUGGAUUUAUUUAUAUUUACAUCGACUUCGUUAAUCAAUCUUAUCAAAUAAUAUGGGUUAACGUGGCAUCUUAUAGUAUUUAUCACUCAGAAGUUAUUUAUCCAAAAAAAGCAAUCACCUAUCAGUGCCUAUGUACGGAACGCUAUAACAAAUACAACGGUACAGAUCUACAGUAUUCGCUUUUUACUUGAAGAACCGCACACCUUGCAUUUCUUUUUAAAAAAUAUAUGGCAACGUACGCAUUAAAAGAAAACGCUUGAUCAAGAAAACACUAAUAGAAAUUUGUAUCAAAGUGAUAUCAUUAGAUACACUUUAUUUUUGUGGGUAACGAAUCUUAUAUCUAUAAAAUUUGUACGGUAAACUUACUUUUAUUUCGCAAUAAUUGAAAAGUCUUCGAUUUAUAGGUUUAUAAGUUUUAAUGCCAUUUAAUAGCUUCUACGGAAAAUAUAUAAAACAAGUAAAACUCGGCAUUGAUAUCAUUGAUUGUGAAGUAGUGAGUAAAAAAAAGAAAUGAAAUCGUUUUAAAAAUGUGAAUUAAUAUGAAAAUACAUAAACAAUUAAUGAGCACAAAAUAGAAAAUUGUUAGAAAACCUUUUGAACCUCAAAAAUUUUGCGAUACGAUUGUGAGAACGCGGUUUAUAAGGGGAAACUGAACCCUUCAAUACGUAACACAAUGCCUGUUAAAAAUGGUGAAUCUGACGCAGAAGGUGAUGUGUCCGCGGCUGAAACCGAGCGUAGCAAUUCCAGUCAGCCUCAUGAGUCGAGCGAUGAAGAAGCCAAUGAAAUUGAUUCCGACGAUUCGUCGGAAAUGGAUGCUAACGAGAUUGAAAGAAGACGCAAUGAAUGUUUAGAAAAUUUAGCUCAUUUGGAACGACAAUUCAGCCAAUUACGGGAACAGUACUAUUUCGAGCGUAUAAAUCAAAUUGAACGUCAACUGGUCGACGUCCGCAAUGGCCGCUCUGAAGAAUACUUACAGCCUCUAAAAGAAUUAGACAAAGUCUAUCGCAAUCGCAUAGAAGUAGCUGAGAUACUAAGACGUUAUCGCCUAGAGAAUAUUGAGCAUAAAUUUGUUAGUGAAGAACAGGCUGCUCAACAAAAUUUUGAGAGUGAAAAACAGUUAGCAUUGGAUCAGAUCUACGACGAUUUAAUGGAGAAAAUACGUCGGUUGGAAGAAGAUCGUCACAAUGUUGACAUAUCGUGGGACGAUUGGGGUACGGAUAAACGUCAUAGUAAAGUACGGGGGCCAGCGCGUAAAAAAGCGGUUACCGUUUCAGGCCCUUAUAUUGUAUAUAUGCUGUAUGAAGAAGAUAUACUGGAAGACUGGACCACAAUUCGUAAAGCAUUGAAACGUUCGACAUUGGUUGGCAGUGCUGUUUCCGUUUCGAACACUUGACUGUAAACUGUAUAAAUUUAUUC